UGAGACGGAAGCUGCGCGAGGCCAAAAAAAAGGAGAAAGUCCACUGCAAUUGGAUAGGAUAGAUAGAUCCUACAUUUCUAUUUUUUCUUUUAUUACAAUAUCUUUCUAUAUAUAUGUAUAUAUAUAUACGUGUGUAUAAUUGGAUGAAACUUUCUUCAUGAUUAUCGUUUCCGAUUGAUGAUCUGGUGAUGAUGCUCUUCUGAUCGCCAUUCUCCGCGGCGUUUCUGGAUUCUCAGCUUUUCCGUUUCUGUCUUUUCUUCGUCGCUUAUUCGAAAAGAAAAGAAAUAAAAAUUUGCAGCUAAUUCGACAUCGUUUCCGUUUGAUGAAAUCGGAUACUUAUUCACCAUAGUUCUCUUGGCAAUCAACUCUUUCGCUUUGAUUUUCUUUUGGCGAUCUGGAGAUGAGCUAGCGAUAGUGAUUCCGGAAACUGGUGAAAGCAACGACGGAUCCGGUGGUGGAGAGGAGGGGAAGGGGCUCUGACUGUUUAGUAGGCCUGGAGUGCUUGCUGGAAAUAGUCAGGGCCCUAGGAAUGGGCUCCUGCCUCGCCGGUGAAGGCCCCGCCGGCGCUGGCCUUGCAUACAGUAGGGCCUCAUUGUCAUCGGAGAAGAGGAAGGACCGGAUGAAGCUCAGGAGGACUACGUCGUCCUCAUCCUCCUCCUCAGCGGUUGACGCUAAGAUGGAGUUAUGGCUGCGCCGAGUGCCCGGGAGGAUGUGUCUGAACGGCUUCUCCGAUACAGCGUCACUUUUCACUAAGCAAGGCAAGAAAGGAGUCAACCAGGACGCCAUGAUCGUCUGGGAGAAUUUCAGUUCAAAGGCAGAUACCACCUUUUGUGGUGUAUUUGAUGGCCAUGGUCCUUAUGGACAUUUGGUUGCCAGAAAGGUGAGGGACUCUCUACCUUUAAAGCUGAGUUCCCUGUGGGAAUUAAUUAUUAGCUCCAAAAAUGGGCUUGCCGGAGGCAGUAUUGGUGCUAUGGGAAGUCUCAACCCUGAAGAGAUUGCAUCCACACCUGCGCUUGCAAACGGUGAUAAACAUACUCAGAUUUUUUCGACAUUGAAAGAUUCAUUUCUGAAAGCUUUUAGGGUAAUGGACAAGGAACUCAAACUUCAUCCUCAUAUUGACUGCUAUUGCAGUGGGACAACAGCAGUAGCCCUGGUCAAGCAGGGCCAAGACCUUGUUAUUGGAAAUAUCGGGGACUCGAGAGCCGUGUUGGGUACCAGAGAUAAGGAUAACCCCUUCAUUGCAGUUCAAUUGACUGUUGACCUUAAACCAAGUAUUCCAAAGGAAGCAGAGAGGAUUAGACUAUGCAAGGGGCGGGUAUUUGCACUAAAAAGCGAGCCUGAGAUUACUCGAGUUUGGCUGCCUAACUAUGACUCUCCUGGUCUUGCUAUGGCUCGGGCCUUCGGAGAUUUUUGUCUAAAAGACUUUGGCCUAAUUUCUGUCCCUGAUGUUUCCUAUUACCGUGUCAGCGACAAGGAUGAAUUUGUUAUAUUGGCAACAGAUGGGAUCUGGGACGUCCUCACGAAUGAAGAAGCUGUGAACAUAGUUGCAUCAGCCCCGCGAUCCACCGCAGCUCGAGCGCUAGUGGAAUCUGCUGUACGAGCCUGGAGGUUUAAGUUCCCAGCCUCAAAGGUUGAUGACUGCGCCGUAGUUUGCCUCUUCCUCAACCCAGGUUCAACCAAUACUACCAUUUCUACUGCAGAUCACGAAGUGGUGCAGGACAUGGUGAACAUCAACAGUUGCAACGAUGCUUCUGCUCUAGUUUCAUUAGACCAUUCAGAAACAUCUGAAAAGCCUUCUGAGCACUCCGUCACAAAAUCGGAAUAAGGGAGUUAGUCGGUAAAAGAAGCAGUGGCGGUAGGCUACAUUGAGGCAUGAAGCAUUCUUCCCUAAGCCUUGAUUAAAUUCACAUUAUUUGUGUCCAUAACUCAUCCAUUCUUUUCAACAUUAGAUUUCUUAAAUGCUGGGAGAAAGGUUGAAGUGGUAUAUUGAAGGUAUUGUGGGGCUACGUUUAGUUUAUUUUAAGAGAGACGUGGACCCAGUUUGUUCUCUUUUUUAUUUUUUAUUUUUUUUGAAGAUUAUUUGGGUGAAAAUUUUCCUCUCUCCCAGCACUGUGAAUUGGGUGUUUCUGUAAAAAUGUGGGGUCUUGGAGAUUUUGAGUUGUUCACCAAUGUAAAGUGUGUUUGCGUCUCUAUUGUUGGAUUGAACAUGCCUUGUUUUGUUGGGUAAAUUCCUUUUUACUCGGUUCAUUGGA